AUGUCUAGGAACCAUAGUGCUCCAGCAGUGUGUGCUGAACCGGCGGCGACAAAUCACACGUAUUCGCAGCGUGCUUACGGUGAUUUGGCUCCUUUCUACAAUUAUACGGCGACUCUGAUGCGUUUUAUCGUCAAGGAUGUGGACGAUGCUACGAUCACUCGCGUUGCCAGAAUGAUCAAUGAUCCUAAAGAAACAUCAAUUUUUAUAUUGGGGGAUGUGUUUCGAAAUGGAUAUAUUUUAUUGGUGGUCGUUGCCAGCCUCCUUAUCUCAGCCAUUCUUCUUAUUUCUUGUCUUCUUGCUUUCACGUGUAAUUUUUUCGGUGGAGACAAGCGUAUGCCCAGUAAACGUACUAUUACAUGUGCUAUGCUUUCUUUUGUUUUUUGUUUAUUUAUGGCAUGCGUCGGAGCGUAUUUGUUUACAAAUAGUGUCAUGUAUAUACGUAGUGCUUUGACCAUAUUACCUGUACAGCUGAACAAGUCUUCGGAGGAUAUCCGUAAUUUUGUGGCAGAAUUCGCGACAAAUCUUCGAUGUAAUUUUGAUGAAGGUGAAAAAUUGCUACGCUACGAGAUCGAUCAGUUCAUAGCGGGAAUCACUAGCAUACUCUAUAGCCUACGUUGGAGAAUCAAUCCACAACCAGUGAUUAAGGUAUUCGAAAUUGAAGAAGAAAUUCGAAGUGAUCUUAAUUUUAUGAAUGGUUUAAUGAAAACAAACAAUAUUCCACUUUAUGAUCUGAAAUUCUUAAGCAAUGCCACGAACGAUUUGUUAAAAACACUCACUGUGGGAAUGGAAUCGAUCCGAGACGCUCUUAAUGACACUCGAGACCGGCUGGUUUUGUUGGGAAAAGAUCUUAAUACGUCAAUUGGACAAAUGAAUCAACAAAAAUCUACUAUGCUAUCAGAGUUGUCUGUUUACGAGAUGACACUGGAAGCGAUAGUGAAUGCCGUUAAUCAACAAUCGGAAGAGUCUCGGAAAGUUCUCUAUCGAAUUCUACAAGAACACGAUUAUGUUGAAAAGUCGAACAAAUACAUUAUAGUGAUUCUAGUACUCCCACUGACACUUGUCCUACUGUCCGCUUUAGGCCUGGCAUUCCUAUUCUUCAGGUGUCUGGGGAAUAUUUUUAGCAACGAAUCAGACCAGGAGUUCCCCAUACGAAAUAUGAUAUCCGACCUUGGAGCAAGGAUUCUAAGCUUGGGCGGAUAUUUAGCGUUGCUUGUCACCUCGUUGUUGUUUUUGAUGGUCGCUGCAUGCUUUGUGAUUGCGUUCAUAUCCAUGUUUUUGUGUAUGGGAUUAUUUGAGGAUCAUGAUGUUCGUCUUCUGUAUGCUCUACCACCGAGGUCCUUUAAAAGCAACUUCAGCAAGAACAACAAUAUUAAGCUUAAUAUGCACGACACAUUCUACAAAUGCAAGAACGGUUUCUCAUUUUUUGACGCGAUCGAAGGUGACAAAAUUUGGGCACGUAAAGAAGUAGGAAAGAAAUUAUCAGAUCUGAGAAAGACCAGUUUUCGACGACGGCUUCGAAAUUUUCAUUUAAGCAGUGAAAUCGCCGAGAAUUUGAAGAAAACUGCCUCGAAGAUUAACGAAUCGUCACAGAACUUUAAUAGUUCUUUCCAACAACUUCGAAGAUUUCAAGACCCAUCAAUCCAUACUUUUUACGUGGAACAAUUGGAAAAAUCGGCUGGAAAAGUUCUCAACAACACUGUUCGUUUGAAUACGGCACUCGUAGAAUGUGGAGAAUUGGUGACAGAUUUAGCGUCGAGAAGUAGACGAGACAGAUUCUCGGUGGAUAUCCAGACUCAUCUGAAACGUGUCGAGGAAGCGAUAAUUGAGGCGGUGGCGAAACUUUUGAGGACUAUGAACGAUUUAUCUCCGCAAUGUCAGUCAUUAAUGGCAAUUUGGAACGAUAUUGGUUUCUAUUUAUGCAAUAUCAUUGCUGUACCCGCUCAAGGACUUUGGGUGGCAUGCCUGCUGACUGCGAUUGGUUCAUUCACCAUCUACACGGCGCUUUUCGAAGCUACAACGUUCCUGUUCAGCUACGCGAAGGAAAAGGCUGAAUCUAUGGAAAGUGAAGGAAUCUUUAGACAAAAGAAAUCCAGUCUCGCGGUAGACAAAACACAGUAUGACGAAUGGGAGAAGUCAAAGAAAGUUAGUACGCAACAGGAACUCGUCAUUCCGGGUAUUGACGCAGAAUCGGCUGUGAUCAUGACACCAUUACCGCCAAAUCGACACUCUCGAAAGGUUAAAUGGAUUCCCGUCGAUAGUGUUCUCUAUCACCUAUUUGGAAUACCACAAGGAGUGAAAUUUAUGCCAGUACUCAGAUCGUCAAGAGAUAUCCUCAAGAGGGCACCAUGGUCUCAACGUGGUUUAAAUAUGGCAGACGGAUCCUGGAGGACAGUGGACGAACGGAAAACCGGACCGGCUCCGUCAGUGACAUCAACGACCACAAAAGAUAAGUCAACAAAGUUAGAGAAUCCGAAACGGUAUCCAAUAGAAGACAACCUGGAAGCAAAUGUGGAGAUUCCGGAAAUGAUAUCCUAUCAGAAAGUUGUUCCGGGUUCUCACCGAAACAUUGACGCGGAAUCCGAGCAAAAAAUUGAUGUAAAAUUCGAGCAAAAAACCGAUGAAGGUAACGGUGAAUCCGUUACUCCACACAUGGAACGCGUUGCUCGACCCAAACGAGUCGAUAAAGCUGCACGAAAGCAGAAAUCGAAAUCUACAACGGUGAAGCCGAAAAUCCGGGAUAAACCUCCGCAAACAACCAAGAAACCACAUCGUCCAGCGUCAGCUUCCCCACGUCUCCAAAAGGAGGCGAAACACGAAAUAAGAUCCGAAGACUCUGAAAAAUCCCUGAAAACAGCCAUAAAAAGUGUUACAGAUCCAACUAAGACAGCUCCUGUCCAGGAAGAGCUCGGCGUCACUUCCUCUUUGACAGACAUAAGGAAAAUUUUAUUAGAUGAAAAAGGAGCGGGAGUAGAGAACGGUACAUCAACAGAUCCUAGCAAAAGAACCGCGAAAAGGAAAAAAUCCACCCCUCCGUCCAAGUCAACGUCCAAGUCAAAAUUUAAGGAGGAGACAGAAGUAGAGAAAAAAAUAGAUGAAGAACCUGCCUCAAGGACUCACAAUGGGUCUCGUAAGGUGACGAAAAUUAAAGAGGAUGUACCGGUAGACGAUAUAAAUCGGCCGGAGGAAGAAACUAAAGAGGAUCCAGCUACGGGCGAUCCUCAGAAAAACAAUGAUGAAAACAAACAUUGCCACAAGCACCACAGGGAAUCCUAA